CUGUGUUAGCACAGAAGAUCAGCCUGUGUUUCACACCUUUUGGCAACCUGCCACUGAAAUCAGAAAAGUUUUUAGAACCAAACAGGGGUUCAGAGAUCCAAGGAGCCCUCUUGCAGAGAAAGUACAAGAUGCCCAUUGCCUUUGCUUUUUAGCAAAGUGCCAACCCCUCAGGAGAAGACCCUGGCACUGCUGCUCAUUGGAUGGAUGGGUCUGCUCCCAAUACAAGCUUUCACCAGUGGAGACAAAGACCAUUGAAGCUGCACUCAGCCAGUGCCUUGACUCUAGACCUCAUCCAAGCUGUCAGCAGACCAAGAGAUGUCUCUCAUCCACCUGACUGGGAGACACAGGUGUUGCCCACUGGCACAAGGCUACCCAUUCUUCCCUCUGGGCCAACACGAUGGAAGAUGAGACUGAGGACUAUGAGAACUACGAGAACUACUACUAUACAGAAGCAAAUCAGGACACCAACCUCCAGCAGGAGCUCUCGGAGGAAUUUAGCUGGAUGGAGACAUCUUUAGGCGACUUCGAUUACAGGAGAGACUCAUGCUACUCCAGCCCCUGCAAGAAUGGUGGUACGUGUGAAGCCAAGGGAAGUGACUUCAGCUGUCACUGCCCCAAGCCAUAUGGUGGGACUACAUGUGAAAAAGUGGAGGACAUGUGUCUGGAGAAGAACUGCCACUUUGGGGACUGCCUGAUUACAUUAACCCCACCUUAUUUUAAGUGCAGCUGCAAGCCUCCCUACAGAAGACCCUCCUGCCGGCGUGCAUCCAAACAGUGCAGCCCAAACCCUUGCAAAAAUGGAGGCACCUGCAUACGGAACAGAUACAGAUCAAAAUUCACCUGCAAGUGCCCUGAACCUUUCAGAGGGAGAUUCUGCGAGAUCGGACCAAAUGAUUGUUAUGAAGAGGACUCCUCUACUUACAGAGGUAGAGUGAACCAAGCAGAAAAUGGCAGGACCUGCCUGCACUGGAAUUCCCACCAUCUCUUGGACCAUCCUUUUAAUGCCUUUAUGGAGGAUGCUGACACACAUGGCAUUGGUGAACACAACUUCUGCAGGAAUCCUGAUGAGGAUGAAAAACCCUGGUGCUACAUCAGGAAAAAUAAUGAAGUGGAUUGGGAAUACUGUGAUGUUUCACUCUGCGCAGCUGAAGAGACCCCAACAGAACCCCCUACAGACCCCCCUGAAGUAUUCCAAACAUGUGGACAACCAGAAGUUCGUAGGACACUCAAGAAGAUCUAUGGUGGAUCCAAGGCUACACCUGGAAAACAUCCCUGGAUGGCAUCUCUGCAGAUACAGACUCCAGAUGGGAAUAAACAUUUCUGUGGUGGAGUGCUAAUUAAAUCAUGCUGGGUUCUUACUGCUGCACACUGCCUUGAAAACCUAGAAACAAAGAUCCAAGUAGCCCUUGGCAAGCAAAACCUCAAGAAGAAAGAGGACCAUGAGCAAAUAUUUGAUGCAGUGGAAGUAAUUUUACAUGGCAAAUACAGAGAGGAGGCGGGUCGUGCCCUAUACAAUGAUAUUGCACUGCUUAAACUGCAGCCUGUUGAUGGUUACUGUGCAGUGGAAACAAAGUAUGUGAAAAUAGCCUGUCUCCCAGACUUCUUCCUUCCUGCUGGGACUUCCUGCUUCAUUGCUGGAUGGGGUGACACAGAGACAGGUGACCCAUCCAAUCAGCUGUUAGAUGCCAAUGUCAGGCUGAUUUCACAGAGGAAAUGCAAUGAACCCAAGUUACAUCAAGACAAACUGGAUGAUAGCAUGUUUUGUGCAGGACGUCUUCGGAAACCCGGAAUCGAUUCUUGUCAGGGAGACUCUGGAGGUCCACUGACUUGUGUAGCAAAUGGCUCCUACUACGUUUAUGGCCUUGUGAGCUGGGGAGAGGGAUGUGGGUUAAAAAACAAGCCAGGAGUUUAUACCCAGGUGACAAAAUUUGCCAGUUGGAUUAAUGCUGUAAUUCAGUAUUCAUCAAGGUCGCGUCAGUAGGAGAAAGCUUUGGAACGACAAAUGAAUUUCUGAAGCAUCAGGAUUGACUCCAGCUUGCUGAGAUCCUUCUGUCCCCAACUGGUCCUGUAAAAUCACAAUCCAAAAAAUUGUGAAACCUGCCAGUGGAUAGGGGAGGGCUUAAACUAUUAUUCUAUGACAGUAUUUUCAGAUUAAAAAUUACACAACUGGCAAAAAAUAGAGGAAAAUCUAAAUCACUCUUCUGCAGAGAGCGAAUUUCUGCUGUGGAGAAGUGCAAAAAAUGGACCUGCUCAUGUAAGUUAGAUACCUCACAUACCAAAGGACAAAAUGUGCUCAAGUCCUGGUUUCUGUUUUGAAAUAAGAAGCAAACCAGCAAACACCUGAGUUCCACAUGGACUGCACACCUGUAGGUUUCCCUGGGACCGUCAUUAUCAUACCUUUGACUUAUGAAGAUAUUGCUACUACUCUCAGUAACAGUAGCUCCCACUGCCUCCAUUACUCAACCUUAGUUUUCACUUAUUUCCUGAGUAACUUUUCAGAUGGGAAUGUAAAUCAUGGGUAUGUAUUGUUUCUCUUAGUCUGGAUUUCUUACCAAAGUUAAUAAUUAAACAAUCAAAGUGUUUGAAGUGCA